CAGGAUCUGAAGCAGCCCCCAGCCAGCAAAACCAUCGCAGUCCGCCUGAUCGUCAAGGCCGCCGAUAAAGUCAGUCAAUCGACUCGCUCUAGGAUUUCCUUCUAUAUUUUUCCCCCCUUCGCAAGCUAUCGUUGUCUCACCUAUUAAUAUUUUCUUUGUCGCUUGUUGACGGGGGUUCUCUCUGAUUUCUUCUUACUUAAUAUAAUUCCCGAAUACCUCAUUGCAUUGCUGAUUCCCAGUUGUGUGCAUUCCUUCGGUCUCCCGGGUUGCUGCCACUGGCUUUUGUUUGAAUACCCCUUUCCUGGCUUCCGUCGUGUUUCUGGAAGCUAUUUAUUUAUUUGCCCCGCUUCUCAUUUGAUCUUUGUAACCAUCUCUCGUCGUUCAAGCUUUCUGGAUAGCUUUAUCGAAGAAUCGCCAUCAUGGCAACCGUGAACGAGAAAGCUGCUCCCUUGAGCACCACCGAUCCUGAGGUCCAGCAGGACUCUCAGCGUCUCCCUGGCAAACCGUGGAUGUACAAGAAUCUGAAGCUUGGUCCAUUGACCGUGCCUUACUAUGCUUCGCCACAAUUCCAGUUGGUCCUGGUUGCUUUCGUUUGCUUCCUCUGCCCGGGAAUGUACAACUCCGUCAAUGGUCUGGGUGGCGCCGGUCAACUCAACCACUCCGAUAUCAGUAAAUCCAACACGGCCACAUACAGCACCUUUGCCGUUGUUGGUUUCUUCGCCGGCUCCAUUGCCAACCGCAUUGGCCUGCGAUUGACUCUCUCGUUCGGUGGUUUUGGCUACACCCUUUAUGUCGCUGCUCUCCUUUGCUACAACCAUACCUACAACUCCGGCUUCCUGAUCUUCGCCGGUGCCUUGCUUGGUCUAUGCGCCGGUCUGCUUUGGUGCGCUCAGGGCGCUGUCAUGAUGGCUUAUCCGGGUGAAAAUGAGAAGGGCAAAUUUAUCUCCAUUUUCUGGGUUAUUUUCAACCUGGGAGGUGUUAUUGGAGGAUUGAUCCCUCUUGGACAAAACAUACAUAAUAGUGAUUCUGCUGGGUCGGUUAAUGAUGGCACUUACAUCGCUUUUAUGGUUCUAAUGGUUCUCGGCUUCCUUCUCGCCUGGGGUCUCGUGGAUUCCAAGAAUAUUGUGCGAAAGGAUGGCACGCGCGUCAUCGCCAUCAAAAACCCAUCCUGGAAGUCGGAACUGCUUGGCUUAUACGAGACUCUUCUGACCGACUGGUAUAUCGUCGCUUUCUUCCCCAUGUUCUUGGCUAGUAACUGGUUCUACUCCUAUCACUUCAACGCCAUUAACGGCUCAUACUUUGUGCCCCGCGCCGCUGCUCUCAACAGUAUCCUAUACUGGGCCAUGCAGAUGAUUGGCGCCUUCUGUUUCGGCUUGAUUCUGGACUUGAAAUCCCUGAAGAGACCCGCUCGUGCCAAGCUUGUCUGGGUGCUCCUGUUCACUAUCACCAUGGGUGUCUGGGGUGGUGGAUAUGCCUUCCAGAAGACAUACACUCGGGAGACUGCAGGACGCAGCAAGGACUGGAACCAGAGCGGCUACAUUGGGCCCAUGUUCUUGUACAUGUUCUACGGUUUCUACGAUGCUGCUUUUCAGACUUGUGCCUACUGGUUUAUGGGAUGUCUAUCAAACAACAGCCGAAAAUUGGCCAACUUUGCCGGUUUCUACAAGGGAAUUCAGUCUGCAGGUGCAGCUAUAACAUGGGCCCUUGACUUCAACGAAACGCCAUACAUGAACAUGUUCGCUUCUUGCUGGGGUAUUCUCUGUGGCUCCCUUCUAAUCGCCUCACCAAUCAUCUUCUUCAAGAUCAAGGAUCACACCGACCUGGAAGAAGACCUAAAGUUCUCUGACGAGACUGUCGCGGACGUCACUGGCAUCGAGGUAGGCGAUGUCACACUACGACCGCAGCAGCAACAUACCCCUGAAAAGCGGAGUCCCUCUGAUGCCUGAUAAUGGUCUUGAUGAACCAGCCAUAGGUGUCUGGAAUCAGUGGUCAUGUUGUACUUUCUUUCGGAGUGUCGACUCGGUUUGACUUAGGCAUUGCACAAAUUUAGCCAGCUCUGACACUUGGAUGAUGAGCUAUGUUCUCACUCGAUACCACAUCCGUUUACACGGUCUGUUUGAUACCAAACUCUAUGUUGUUAAACGAUGGCCAGUUGUUUUGGCCUAUGAAGCGCCUUAGUCCAUAGCUUCUCACCUCAUAAUUAAUACCUGGUUUACAUAGCU